AGAAGGCGGAACUUCUCCUCUUUCUUCGACUGCGGCGGCGAUGGAUCCAGACGCGGUCGCCAAGGCGUUCGUCGAGCACUACUACCGGACGUUCGACAGCAACCGGCAGGCGCUCGGAGGGCUCUACCAGGACGGCUCCAUGCUCACCUUUGAGGGCGACAAGAUCCAGGGCGCGGCUGCCAUUGUUGCUAAACUCUCGUCCCUCCCUUUCCAGCAGUGCGCCCACGCCAUAUCCACCGUCGAUUGCCAGCCCUCGGGACCCCCUGGUGGCGUGCUUGUCUUCGUUAGCGGAUCGCUCCAGGUCGGUGGCGAACAACAUCCGCUCAAGUUCAGCCAGAUGUUUCAUUUGAUUCCAACAUCUCAGGGGAGCUUUUAUGUGCUUAAUGACAUAUUCCGUCUCAAUUAUGCGUAAGUCUAUUAAUGUAUCUGUGAUCUUGUAUGGUGGACCUUUGUUCGAGAGUAUCUACAUCGUUGGUUUGUUGCGUUCGUCUA